AUGGUUGAACGUUUUAGCAUGGAGGUUGGUGGGUCAGUGCAGAGAAGACAGAGUGGACAGCUUGAAGCCUGGACGAAGGCUCAAUGGACAGCCCUAGAAUCCCCAGUAAGUACCCCACAGGCAGCUAAAGCGAUCCUUGCAAUAGCCUCACUGCCCAAUGAGUUGAAGGCUGAAAGCAUGAUCGAGUCCUGCCAGACUCUUGCCACCCUUCAGAAUUACAAUGCCAAAGGAGUAAAGGGUGGAGUUCCAUCCUUGAAAACUAAACAGGCAUUUGAAGAUGAUGAGGAGGAUGAAGAUGAUGAUGAUGAUGAAUUUGAUGAUGAAGAAACUGAAGAAAAAGUUCCAGUGAAGAAAUCUGUACGAGAUACCCCAGCCAAAAAUGCACAAAAAUCAAACCAAAAUGGAAAAGACUUAAAACCAUCAACACCAAGAUCAAAAGGUCAAGAGUCCUUCAAAAAACAGGAAAAAACUCCUAAAACCCCAAAAGGACCUAGUUCUGUAGAAGACAUUAAGGCAAAAAUGCAAGCAAGUAUAGAAAAAGGUGGUUCUCUUCCCAAAGUGGAAACCAAGUUCAUCAAUUAUGUGAAGAAUUGCUUCCGGAUGACUGAUCAGGAGGCUAUUCAAGAUCUCUGGAAUCAAAUCUUAUGUGAAGGUCCUUGA